AUGAAGUCAACAACCUUCACGAUCGCAGCAUUUGGCGCCGCUUGGGCCGCUGCCACUCCUCUGGACAAACGUGCGUUGGUCACCACUAUUGAGUACGUUAUCGAGACCGUGACCGUUACCGGGUAUCCCCCUGCCGAGACACCUGCUACCAAUGCCGUCGACCCUGCUCCCCCUGCUGAAACCACCUCUGUCGAGUCGGAUGCCCGAGGCGGAUGGUGGGGUGACUGGAGAAGUGGAGGUGCCGGUGAUUCUGCUGCUCCUCCCACUCAAGCACCAGCUUCCGAUAUACCUGAUCCUUCGAGCUAUGCCGAGGCUCCGUCCUCGGCGCCUGCUGCCAGCCUCAGCUCUUCUGCCACAUCUCCUUCGGUUGCUGCCAGCCCAAGCUCUUCUACCCCGUCUCCUGUCUCGACCUCUGUAUCUUCCGACUAUCAGCAAGGCAUCCUCGACUCUCACAACAUCCAUCGCCAGAACGCCUCGGUCCCGGAUCUGACUUGGAGUGAUGACAUGGCUUCCAUUGCCGCACAGAUCGCGGCCAGCUGCGUCUAUGCCCAUGACACCUCUACCGGCGGUGGUGGCUAUGGCCAGAACAUUGGUGCUGGUGCUCCUCCCGAGGACAUCCCCGCCAUGAUCACCAAUGAGAUGUACAACGCCGAGAUCAACUUCUACCCCGGAUAUGGUGGGGAGCCCGACAUGAGCAACUUCGAGAAAUGGGGCCAUUACUCCCAGAUUGUUUGGAAGUCCACCACCUCUGUUGGAUGUGCUACUCAGUACUGCCCCAACGGUUUGGCCAACACGGGCAGUGACGUCAGCCCAUAUUUCACUGUCUGCAACUACAGCCCACCUGGCAACUUCGGCGGCCAAUAUGCCGCUAACGUGUUGCAACCCGGCAACAUGCCCACCGUGACUUUGUAA